UUCUACUUUUUUCAGUCUUACUUAAACGGAGACUUGUUUGGGCUACAAUAAAGCAAUCAGAAGAUGUAAAAGCUCUAUUUUUGGAACAAGAGUUUUCGAUCGUAUUGUUUUCACUACUGGAAGCAGGAUGGGGGAUAAAUUGAAUCCAGCUCCCAAAGAAAGUGGUGGCGGCAUUCUGAAUCGCAUCACGUCAAUGCGAAAACAGACAAAGAAGAGCAAGGAGAAAGAUUUCAACGGCCAUAAGAUGAAGGAGCGUUUGAAGAGCACUCAGGAGGAACCGCUGUUUGACCAAGACAUGGAGGAGGAGAUUGAAAGAAUCAGGCAUUUAUCGCCGGAGGAAUUCAACAAAAUGUUUGAGAAAAUGCUGGAGGACAUGAACCUGUCAGAAAAUCUACGGGAACCAAUUCGCAACAGAGAAAUGGAAACAAAGGUGGAUAUGUUGUGCAGCUUUAAAAGGAGACAAAUGGCAUCACAGAAAACUUCGCAUGCUGGGCCGACAUCACCAGAUGAUUAUAUAAAGGAACUCAAUAAGUCAGACAUGUCACCUGAACAUCUCUUGAAAACACUGCAGUCUGUGCGAGUGUCACUCACAGGGAGACCACUUAGUUGGAUACAAGAGUUUGGUGAAGAAGGGCUCCAGUGCUUAAUCAAACACCUGAGAGAUUCCUGUUCAAAGGAAGGAAACAUUGAUAAACGAAUACAACACGAGUGUGUGAGGUGUUUGAAGGCCUUCAUGAAUAACAAGUAUGGUCUCAAUAUGAUGUUAAAAAGUGACGAUGGUUUGGUUUUGCUGGCGAGAUCAAUGGUUCCAAGCUAUCCCAGUAUGAUGGCUGAUGUUGUCAAGGUGGUAGCUGCAGUGUGUCUUGUCAAACAUGAUAAAGCCCUUGAGGCAAUCACUCGCUGUGGAGAGCUUGAAAAACAGGGAAGAUUUGUUAAGCUGGUUGAAGCACUAGAUGACGAUCACACAAAUCUAAAGGUUGCUUGUGUACAACUUAUCAAUGCCCUUGUCAGUACUCCAGAUGAAUUGGAUUUCAGAUUGCAUUUGAGAAAUGAAUUUGUUAGGGAAGGCUUGAAUGAGCCAUUACAGGAGCUUAGAGAUUUAGAAAAUGAUGAUUUGAAUGUUCAGUUGGACAUUUUUGAAGAACACAGAGAUGAUGACUCUGCUGAAUUCCAGCAGAGAUUCACUGACAUAAAAAUAAACUUUGAGGAUCAAAAUGAGAUUAUACAGAUAAUAACAAACCUCAUUCAGGACACUCCAUCAGAACCUAUGUUCCUCUCCAUUCUCCAGCACUUGCUGCUCAUCAGAGAUGAUGUUUAUGCCAGACCUCAAUACUACAAAUUAAUUGAAGAGUGCAUAUCUCAAAUUGUCCUUCAUCGAGGUGGAGUUGAUCCAGACUUUGGUCAUAAAAGAAUUGAUAUUGAUGUCGAACCUCUCAUUGAAAAUCUGGUUGAAAAAGCUCAGUAUGAAGAAGCAGCUGAAAAAUCCAUGCAGCUGGAAACUAAGCUGGAACUUGAAACAACAAUGCGACAAGAAUGUGAGGCUAAAUUAACUUUAACGUCAACAAAUUUUGAGACCAAGAUCGCUGCCCUGGAGAAGGAGCUUGCUGAAGCACGUGAACAGGCUAAGCGAGGUGGCCCUGUAACAGUCAGUCAAUCACAGCCCAGAACUGAAGGUGUUGCUCCGCCUUGCUCUCGAGUUUUUAUGAUCCCUUCAUCAUCCUCCACACCCCCUCCUCCACCCCCUGGAAUGGGUGCACCCCCUCCACCAUUUCCUGGCAUGGGUCCCCGCAUGCCGUUUGGGUCCUCUGCUCAUGUGUUACCUCCUGGUGUUGCUCCGAAGAAGAAAUAUAAACAGGACGUGCAAUUGAAGAGAGCAAACUGGAAUAAGAUUAACAUGAACAAUUUCACAGAAAAUACAUUUUGGGCAAAAACGAAAGAGGAGAAGCUGGAGAAGCCUGGACUAUUUGAUGAGCUGUCGAAGGCGUUUGCCGCAAAAGGCGGUCCGAGAAAGACAGAGAGCGGUGACGGAAUGGAAAAGAAAGCAGCGGCUAAGAAAAAAGGCAAAGAUUUAAAGAUUAUCGAUCCAAAAAGCGCACAGAACUUAUCGAUUUUCCUUGGCUCACUUAAAUUAGCACAUAAAGAGGUCAGGAAAUUGAUCAUGAACUGUGAUCAGGUGGUUUUGACGGAAAGCGCCGUAAACUCACUGCUGAAGUAUCUUCCAUCGCCCGAUCAGAUGCAACAGCUCGGAAAUAUGAAAGAAAGCUUCGACGAUCUCAGUGAUCCUGAACAAUUCGUUUGCCUGCUGAGUGGUAUUAAAAAAUUGGAACAAAGAUUGAACAUGAUGCUUUUCAAGAGGAAGUUUCCUGAAGAAAUGCAAGAUAUUAAACCGAAUGUUGUAAAUGCAACUGCCGCAUGCAGAGAAGUAAAAACUAGCCCCAAAUUUUGCAAGUUCCUUGAACUUGUUCUUCUCAUGGGCAACUAUAUGAACGCUGGAUCUAGAAACGAGGGAUCGAUGGGAUUUGAAAUGAACUAUCUCACCAAGUUGAGUUCAACUAAGUCUGUGGACGGUCAGUUGACUUUGGUUCAUUUUCUGGAUGACACGAUAGAAAAAAAAUAUCCCGAAAUUUCGGGUUUUGAAAAGGAGCUGACACACGUUGAACAAGCUGCUAGAGUAUCGGAGGAAAUUCUUCAGAAAUCAAUAAACAGCAUGCAGGGAAACCUCAAGAAGCUCGAAAAAGAAUUGGAAACCUAUAAACCGCACAAUGAUCCAGAAGACAAGUUUCUACCGGUCAUGGAGGGCUUUUAUAAAAGCGCCAAAGACCAAAUAGAUGUCCUGGUUGAGAUGCACAAAAACAUGACCACAAUGUACAAGGAGCUGGUGGAGUAUUUCUGCUUGGAUACCAAGAAAACUUCCAUGGAGGAAUUCUUCGGUGACAUCAAAACCUUCUUAGACUGCUUUGAGAACGCGAAAAAGGACAAUGCAAAACGAAAAGAGAAAGAAGAAAAAGAUAGAAAGGCAAGAGAACGAGCGGAAAAAGAGAAAGAAAAGAAGAAGAGAGCGGAGGCUGAGAAAUCCAAACGAAAGCCUGUUGUGGAUAUAAAUGCAGAUGACGAUCAAGAAGGAGUGUUAGAUGGUCUCAUGGAGGCGCUCAACACAGGAUCUGCCUUCAGAGAUCCGACCCGACCCGCGCGCAAAAAGGCGGGAGGUAAAAAAGCUCGACCUGUGGACUUACGCCGGUCACGGACUCGCACAAAUAUACCUGUUCAGAAAAUAAUGGAGGCUCAAAAUGCUGUCGACGGGCAGCACAAUGCAGUAGAUAUUAAUAUCGAUGAUCAGCCCGUCGCUCCUUCUAGACGGAAAAAAGAUGACAGGCGAGGAGGAGGAGAGAAGAGCGGGGAGGGCCUUGAAGAUGAAGCGCAGGACAUUUUGGAAAGAUUAAAGAAGUUAUGAGCGUUUCAAGAUGAGAGGAGGUUUUUCGUGGGACAGUGCAUCAUGUAUUGUACUCUAAGUGUAAACAAAAACUGCAGCCCAGGCAGGAAUUUCUCCUAUUUGUUUUUGAGAGUUCAUUGUGAUUUAAACCACGAUGUGUUAACUGCAACUUUGGGUAAAAUGUGUUUUUGACGCUCAUCGAAGCGAUGGCGAAAAUUAAGAAGUGAAGAUGAUUGGAAAUGUUAUGAAAAUUCGAUUUCACGAAACACGGAAAUUUGUUUAAUUCCAAACGACUGACUGCAAGGCUGAUUGAUGCUGUAAAUGCAAAAAAAGUGGAAAACGUGUAACCUAACAAUGUGCGUCACAUUCCGAUAAUCUUAAAAUGUAUACUGCUUCUGAGAAUCAUUUAUUUCUAAGUUUUCAUCACCGCAGUCAUGUACAAGGCGUAAACGCCGAUAAAUUACGUACCACGUCGUCUAUGUUCCAGUGUACAAAAACUUAAAGAAAAGAGUCAAAAGCUUAUGUAGCCAGUAUGUUCUUCCUUACUUGCAUACACAUAUCAUAGCAACACUAAUUUUGGUUUCCAAAGUGAUUUGCCGACAUAGUUUUGAUGUCUUAUGGUGAAAAUUUUUGGUUGCUUGUUCAAUAUUCAAUAAUUACUUUAAAUUGACACACCAAACUAGGUGAAAGCGGAAUGGAGUGUAUCAUAUCUAGGCCGGGCAAUGUGAAAUGUACAUUAUUAAUCGUGGAGGGGUAUAGUUUGGUCUUUAAGUAAGAUUCAUUUAACGAAUAUUUGUGUAAGGGCGGAGCCGUAGGGGGAUCUUCUACAAUCCCCUCACCCACCUGAAUUGACACGUCUCCGUAAUCCUUGGGUUUUUGCUUAGUUUGGUAUAUCAGAGCCACGGAAAACUUUCUGUUUUUAUCAGUUGCUUAGCUCUUUGAAUUUUAUUUAAAGAGUUAUGAAGAUAAUUUGAAAAUAAGGACAAAAAAUGGUACAUUUUGAAAGAGGAGCUUAGGCAUCUUUAUCACUCCUUGCGUUCAUGUGAAAUACGUGUUGUGCAGGUCGCAUCGCGUGAUUUUAUGUCACGUGCCUGUUCUCCUCUUUGUUGAGUCACGUAACGAGUGUUCCCGGUAUUACGUAACGACCAACGUGGAAAGUCUGCAAUAGAUUGGGUUGAAACAACAGCGAAGCACCGAUGAUUACAAACAAUGCUUCUCAAUCGAAAUAUUUUCGCUUAUGUUGUAAAUGUACAGCGAUUCCGUAAAUUUUAAACUCAAGUGAGUCUUGUAUUCCUGUACAGAGGUAAAAUUGCAUUAAUGUUGAAUAUGAAUAAAGCAAAAACACGAUAAUUAA